CUAUAGUAUAGAACUAUAGUAUAGCUUUAAAAAAAGAGAGAAGUGAAGAGAGCUUAUCGUGAAAAAGAGGAAAGUUAUACAAGGUAUUUGUAUACUAUACUAUUGUUACUAGGGUUUCUUCUCCCUUUCUACAUUCCUCCGGCGUAGCUGAAUCAAAAUCGGAAUCGGAAUCGGAAUCGGAUCGGUGCCGAGUAGUCAUGAAGCUCACUGUCAAGACUUUGAAAGGAAGCCAUUUCGAAAUCAGGGUUCAGCCUUCUGAUUCUAUAAUGGCGGUAAAAAAGAAUAUUGAAGACAUCCAAGGCAAAGAUAAUUACCCUUGCGGACAACAAUUGCUGAUUCAUAAUGGAAAGGUUUUGAAAGAUGAAACUACAUUAGCAGAGAAUAAGGUUUCCGAAGACGGCUUUCUUGUUGUCAUGCUUAGUAAGAGUAAAACCUCGGGCCCUGCAGGAACGUCAUCUACUCAGAAUGCUAGCAAUCCACCUAUAGCUGUGCCAACACCAGAUUCCACACCUGUAGCACACACUCAAUCUGUAAACAACAAUGCAUCCGCAGCGGAUGUCCCAAUUACAAAUGUUACUACAGAUAAUUAUGGACAGGCUGCUUCAAAUUUAGUUGCUGGGAGUAAUCUUGAGCAGACUAUUCAACAACUUGUGGACAUGGGUGGAGGCAGCUGGGAUAGAGAUACUGUUAAUCGUGCUCUUCGUGCAGCUUUCAAUAACCCAGAACGUGCUGUAGAUUAUUUGUAUUCUGGGAUUCCUGAAACAGCAGAAGUUGCUGUACCGGCCCCUCAUUACCCAAAUAAUCAAACUGAAACUGGUGGUGUCACUACUGGAGUUAUUCCCGGGGCCCCUAACUCGUCCCCCUUGAAUAUGUUUCCGCAGGAGACAAUUUCUGGCGCUGGAGCUGGAUCACUCGACUUCUUGAGGAACAAUCCUCAGUUUCAAGCAUUACGGACAAUGGUGCAAUCCAAUCCACAAAUUCUCCAGCCUGUACUUCAGGAGCUCGGAAAGCAAAAUCCCAGUCUCUUGAGACUUAUUGAUGAGCAUCACGCUGAGUUUCUCCAGUUGAUAAAUGAACCCAUGGACGGUUCUGAAGGAGACAAUUUUGAUCAGCCGGAACAAGACAUGCCUCAUGCUAUCAACGUGACGCCAGCUGAGCAGGAGGCAAUUGGAAGGCUAGAGGCUAUGGGAUUUGAUAGAGCCUUAGUUAUAGAGGCAUUUUUGGCAUGUGACCGUGAUGAGCAAUUGGCGGCCAACUACUUACUGGAAAAUGCUGCAGAUUUUGAGGAUUAAAUUUUUAACCUACAUUGAUUCAUAGUUUUAUUCAGGCUUUUUUCUUUUUUUCUUCUUUUUGCAAGAAGGUGGGUUUGCAAUUUUUCUUCUUGCCGUGUCUUUCUAGGGAGAUUUAUGUGAUAGAGUUUCUGAUUUGGAUAUGAUGUAUUCUACUCCAUAUUAUUAAUGAUUUUGGUUAUGGUUUGGAUUA